UUGGAAAAAGAUUAUUGCAGCAAUUCGAAGCAUUUGUGAAUUUUUUUGCAGAUUUUUGCACAAACUCCAAAACAGGCGUUUUAUUUAUAGUUCAGGUAUUUACGUUUUGCAAAAUUAGUUAGCCUAGCUCUUAAACGUGAGGUAGCAUUGUUAGCAUACAUACUUCAUAAUAGAUGGAUUUAUUUGCGGAUCUUCCAGCGCCCACCAACACCACCAGCCCAGCCAGUAAAGACGAAGACUGCGUGCAAGACAGAGGAGAGAAGAGGCUCAGAGAGACGAGCUCAGACGACGAGCAGAAUAAGACGGAAAAGAAAGUUUGUAAAGGUUUUCAGCACUUAGACACUCACUCUGUGACCUAGGGUGUCUGUAAGUAUGUGUGGCUGUCUUUAUUCCGUGUGUGUGUGUGUGUGUAUGUACGCGCUGCAGGAUUGGCCAAGCUGAAGGGUUAUGUAGCGGCGCUGCGUGGAGAGCGAGACGAGAUGCAGGAUGCUCACGUCAUUUUACCCAAACUUGACACAAACGCACUGCCUGCACAUGUGACCAGGUUGGCAUACUUUGCUGUGUUUGAUGGCCACGGUGGAGCUCGGGCAUCACAGUUUGCUGCUGAACAUCUACAUCACACAAUCCUCAACAAAUUCCCUAAAGGCGAUGCAGAGAAUCUGGAUAAACUGGUGAGGAAAUGUCUGCUGGACUCGUUUCGACACACAGACGAAGAGUUCCUGAAAAAAGCCUCCAGCCAGAAGCCGGUAUGGAAAGACGGCUCCACAGCUACGUGUCUGUUGGUUGUGGAUGAUGUUCUGUACAUGGCCAAUCUAGGAGACAGCAGAGGAGUGCUAUGUCGAAAAGAAAACACAGACACUGAAGAGGAACAGUGUGUGUGUGUGGCUCUCAGUAAAGAACACAAUCCCACCAUCUAUGAGGAGCGCAUGAGGAUACAGAGAGCAGGAGGGACCGUUAGAGACGGGCGUGUGUUGGGUGUGUUAGAAGUUUCCCGGUCUAUUGGUGACGGUCAGUAUAAACGCUGUGGGGUGAUUUCAACACCCGACGUGAGGCGCUGUGCACUUGGCCCCAAAGACAAGUUUUUUAUUCUGGCCUGUGAUGGACUGUUUAAAGUGUUCUCAGCAGAAGAGGCUGUUCAGUUUGUCAACAAAGUCCUACAGGAUGACACGAUGGAGAAGAAAGAGGGGCAGAUAAUCGAGGAGGUGCGAUACGAAGCUGCUUGUCAGCGAUUGGCUGCCGAGGCUGUGAGGCGAGGCUGUGCCGACAACGUCACCGUCGUCCUCAUUUCUAUUGAAUUCUAAAACAUACAUUCCUAUUAACCAACCACACACACAUGCAUUUUAGGUUUAUAGUUUCAUUUUGUUUUUUUAUUGUUAUUUUUAUUUUGUAAAGAUGGAAUUUGUGAAAGAUUCUUUCAGACAUUGUGACCAAACUGUAAGGACUGAUGAGCAAAUAAAAACAACUUUGUCUCA